AUGAGGCAGUUUGCCCUGGGUGAUACGCUGUUGAAGAUGUCAAAACCAGCCCAUCAGAAUCUAACAACUGGGGUGGUGCCUGAAAUGGGAUCAAGGGCCACUGCUCCUCUGCUGUUUUUCCUGGGGCUGCUCUUCAUUUUUGUCAAGACUUUGCAAAAGAAAGCAACUUUGCCAGGUCCUUCUUUCUGUCUGGGUAUUGGACCUCUCAUCUCUUAUGGUCGAUUCUUGUGGAUGGGAAUUGGUAGUGCCAGCAAUUAUUACAACGAAAAGUACGGCCAGAUAGUGAGAGUGUGGAUCCAUGGUGAGGAAACCCUUAUUAUUAGCAGAUCCUCUGCUGUGAACCAUGUGAUGAGGAAGGCGCACUACAUAUCCAGGUUUGGAAACAAACAGGCGCUUAAGUGCAUUGGUAUGAACGAAAAUGGCAUAAUCUUCAACAAUAAUCCCUCCAUUUGGAAAAUGACACGUCCGUAUUUUGCAAAAGCCUUGACUGGCCCAGGUCUUCAGAGGACUCUCGCUGUGAGUGUGGAAUCGACUCGUAAUCACUUGGAUAAAUUACUGGGGAGUAACAGCACCACAACUACCAGCACUACAGCCUGUGUGGAUAUACUGCUGUUCCUGAGAGCAAUCACACUAGACAUUUCCAACAGGCUAUUUCUCAGAGUUCCGAUGCACGAGGGCCAAAUUGUGUCUAAAAUUCAGAAGUAUUUCGACACGUGGCAAACGCUCUUGCUCAAGCCAGACAUUUUCUUCAAAUUCAAGUGGAUAUAUAAAAAAUAUGAAAAAGCUGCCCAGGAUCUACAAGAUGCAGUGGAAGAACUGCUGCUGAAGAAGCAACAAGAACUGCAAGAAGCUGAAAAACUGCAAGACAUCAGUGACUUUGCGACUGACCUGAUUUUUGCACAGACGCAUGGGAAACUGACUGCGGAGAAUGUGAGGCAGAGUGUGUUGGAAAUUCUAAUAGCAGGACCAGACACAAUGUCUGUCAGCAUCUUUUUUAUGCUAAUGCUUAUUGCCCAACACCCUGAAGUGGAAAAGAAAAUAGUUGAAGAGAUUCAAGAAGUUACAGGGGAACGGGAGGUACAGAACAGUGACCUGCAGCUACUGAAGACUGUGGAGAAUUUUAUUUAUGAGAGUAUGAGGUACCAGCCCGUGGUAGGCUUCACUAUGCGCAAGGCUCUUAAAGAUGAUGUGAUCGAUGGCUACCCAGUUAAAAAAGGCACCAAUAUUAUCCUUAACCUGGGCCGUAUGCACAAAGAUGAAUUCUUUCUCAAGCCAAAUGAGUUCAACCUGGAAAAUUUUGCACAAAAUGUUCCUCAUCGCUACUUCCAGCCAUUUGGCUGUGGCCCUCGGUCCUGUGUUGGAAAAUAUAUCGCCAUGGUGAUGAUGAAAGGUAUCUUGGUGACCAUGCUGAAGAGGUACAGAGUGCACUCACAUAAUGGAACAACAUUAGAAAAUCUCAAAAAUAAUCAUGACUUGUCCUACCACCCCAAUGAGUCAUACUCGCUUCCCCGAAUGACCUUUACCCCAAGGAAUCAAGCAGAGGCCUAA